GGGGGGCGCAUCCUCUUAUUGGCCACACUCCAGAGUCAAGAACCGGCGGGUCUCGGCGUUCCAGACCAUGAACCUGUUCAAUCCGGCCGAGGAUGAGAACGUGUCCAUGGUGCACCCCGAGUACUUCAUCAUUAGCGGCUUGUCGGGGGUCCCUCACAUCAAGCUGUACUACGUCUUCUUGUUUGCGGUCUACGUGCUGUCUGUGCUAGCCAACAGCGCCGUGAUGGCUGUCAUCUGUCUGGACCGCCGGCUGCAGACCCCCAAGUAUGUGGCGGUCUUCAACCUGGCUUUUGUGGACCUGUUCGGGAGCUCGGCCCUGGUCCCCAAACUCCUCGAUGUGUUCCUGUUGGGCAAUCGGCGCAUUCCCUUCCGCAACUGCCUGGUUUAUAUGUUCUUCUGCUACACCUGCUUGUCCAUGCAGUCCUUCAACUUGGUGGCUCUGGCCUAUGACCGGCUCCUGGCCAUUAUUUUCCCGCUGCACUACCAGGUGAAGAUGACGCACCGCUUCAUGUUGCGGCUGAUCUGCGGCUUUUGGCUACUGGUGGUGGUUCUGGUGGCGGUGGCGGCGGGCCUGCUGAGCCGCCUGUCUUUCUGCCGCUCUGUGGUGAUCAACAGCUACUUCUGCGACCACGGCCAAAUCUACCGGCUCUCCUGCAACAGCCACUACCCCAACUAUAUGGUGAGCUGCAUCUACCCGGUGGUGAUCUUCUGGCUGCCACUGGCUUUCAUCCUGCUCAGCUACGCCGCCAUCAGCUGCACCCUGGCCAAGGUGGCCGCCGUCCAGGAGCGCCUCAAGGCCCUGCGCACCUGCGCUGCCCACCUCUCACUGGUGGCCAUCUACUUCAUCCCGCUGCUCAUCACCUUCACACUGAUGGAGAACAUUCACCCCAACAGUCGUAUCAUUAACCUGUCGCUCACCUCCGUCUUCCCGCCCUUGCUCAACCCCGUUAUCUACACGCUGCAGACGCAGGAGAUCAAAGAGUCGUUCGGCAGGCUCAUCAGAAGCGCACGCCGCCGCCGCCGCGGCAAACACGGCGCCCGCGCUAAAGUAUGGACGGCGCUCCACUAGGAGCACACUGCAGACCGGCACAACUGAGGACGCAAGCCCGAGAUGAUGGCGGCCAAUACUCCUUCAGUCUUUUGUAAAUAAUUAUUUAUUCACAGUACAAAUAUCAACUAAUUUUUGGGGGGAGUCUGUCGGGUCAGAAGGUACAGAGAGGUGAAUCCAACAUGAGGUCCGGGCUCUGCUUUAGCCAAUCAAGACACCUUGAGUGUAAUCUCAGGUGGGCGUACUGUCGGCCAUCCGCUGCCGCUGGCUCAAGUGUUCCUGCCGUGCCUUGUGGUGGUCGCUCAUGCAUUUUUUAAAGGCGCCCACGUAGCUCUGGCACACUCGCCAGUCCCGAUGCUCGGCCAUGCAGUCCUGCAGCGCCUCGUGCUGCUCGGUGCAGCCCGUGCGAGAGAUCAUUUGCUCCACGGGGUCUUCUUCUUCGCCGUCGCCGCUGGUCUUUGCGCUUCGGUCGUGAGGAGAAGGGGAUGCCAUUCUGUGCACCAAUGUUGUCAUUAGUUUAAGAAUUUUAUUCAAUGAUGCUAUUCGUCUCAACUGAGUUAUCAAUUCAAUUAUGGACAGAACAACAAAUGCUAUUAACAAUUGACCCUCAUUGCAGUAUAGUAAAUACAGUCUAAUUCUCAUCCACAAUUCCAUACUUAUGAUAAAUACGUGAUGAGUAAUGUUGGUGAUAUUUAUCACAAAGUUUUUAUGGCCCAAAUGUGUUGAACUGUAAUGGUAAGGUCAACGACACUUGAGGUGCUUGACAUUACUUGGCCAGGUAAGUCAUCUUGGGUGUUCUUUAAAAGCAUAUUUUCCAUACCUGUUAUCUUUUCCCCGAUUGGCUGCGUGUAUCUAGUAGUUAAUGUCCUAAAGGCACAAUGGCACAAUUUUAAACAAAUUUUUUUUGAAGUAACAACACUGGAGUCAAAAUAGGUUGCUGGUGUACUGAUCGAGGAGGAAGCAUUUAAA